AUGGCCCAGGGUAUCGUCAAGAAGAGCAAGCCGGCCGCGGCGAACGCCAAGCGCUCCGCACUCGUCGCUUCCAGAACUAAGCCUGGCCCCCGUCAAAUUGCGCCGAAGAAGCGAUCCCUGAUCAAGGUGGCCAAGCUGAACAAGAAACUCACGUCUGGCCUGGUCUCGAAGACGGAGCGCAGCCUCGCCUCGAAGGCGGGCCACUUGGAGAUUCUGGCGGGAGGCAAGAAGGACAAGGGUGGUAAGGGCACCAAGAAGAAGUGA